CUCCUCUCUCCAUCUCUCUCUCUCUCUGGUUGAAGGAAUACGUGAAAAGAUGUGUGGAGGUUCAAUAAUUUCAGAUGAUCCAAUCGUCAAGAAAAAAGGCAAACUAAGUCCAGAUGAAUUCUGGGCUCAGAUUGAUACCAUUUCUGAGCUUUGGGGCUUCGAUUCUUCAAAUGAUGAUGUCCCAAAACAACCCAAACUAUCCUCUAUCACUAAAGAGAAGUGUAAAAAGGGUGAGAAAGGCAAUGUGAAGCCUAAGAAGAGCCAAUAUAGAGGCAUAAGGCAGAGGCCAUGGGGAAAAUGGGCAGCUGAAAUCCGUGACCCGAAGAAGGGAAUUAGGGAGUGGCUCGGAACGUUCAACUCGCAGGAGGAGGCCGCCCGAGCCUAUGAUAGAGCGGCUAGGCGCAUCCGAGGCAACAAGGCCAAGCUCAACUUUCCCGACCAUCGUGAUCAGCCACCAAUGCCACCGGAGCAACCACCGCCCAAGAGGCUAUGCGUUGCUGCUCCGGAGCAGCCAAUUGUGCUGAGCCCAGAGGAAACCUACAGCUUCGAGAGUAUAGAGUCUCAGGCGAUCAAGGAUGAGCUGUCGAGCUUGGAAAGCUUCUUAGGGUUGGAGCCGACUCAUCCUCAGACACCCGAGCCGCCCAUGUUCUCAGCCCGGUUCGAGUUGGAUGAGCCGGUUGGCUUGGUUGAUGGAUGGUUGGAUGAGUUUGUUGCACUAGGACAAAGCAAUAUUUUCUUCUAGAUGGAUCAAUCCUAAGGGAGUAAUAAACUUACCCUAAAUAAAAACUAUGCAUGUUAUGUUACUUAUGUUGUGUUUGUGCGAGAUUUGACGCUUUAUGCUUCCUUUUUCAAUGUACAAACUUUUCCAAUUAAGGUGUUAUUACUAUAUAUUGAGUGUGUUA